AUGUUUUAUGCGGUGAUCUGGAUUUUCUGUGCCACUCUGUUGGCCAUCUGGUUUGGAGCAGUUCGAAAGCCCAAGCUGUUUCCUCCAGGACCUUGUUGGUAUCCGGUUGUAGGAAGUGCCCUGCAGGUUUUUCAACUACGUUGUCGCCUUGGAAUGUUUUGCAAGGUGAUCGACGUGUUAGCCAAGCAGUACGUGAAUCCUUAUGGGUUCUUCGGCCUCAAGAUUGGCAAGGAUAAGGUGGUGAUAGCCUAUACGAACGAUGCCAUCUAUGAAAUGAUGACCAACGAAGAUAUUGACGGCCGUCCCGAUGGUAUAUUUUAUCGUCUAAGAACCUUCAAUUCUCGGUUGGGAGUACUUUUAACCGACGGUGAAAUGUGGGUGGAGCAGCGUAGAUUCAUUCUGAGACAUCUGAAGAACUUUGGCUUUGCCAGAAGUGGCAUGAUGGAUAUAGUGCAUAAUGAGGCAACGUGCUUGCUGCAGGACUUAAAGGAUAAGGUGCUGAAUUCAGGAGGAAUACAGGCGAGGAUUGAAAUGCACGACCUAACGAGUGUAUAUGUUUUGAACACUCUCUGGUGCAUGCUGAGUGGUAGAAGAUAUGAACCUGGUUCUCUGGAGAUUAAGGAAUUGCUGGAGACCUUUUUUGAGCUCUUUAAAAACAUCGAUAUGGUGGGUGCUCUGUUCAGCCACUUUCCGCUGCUUCGAUUCAUAGCUCCGGACUUCUCUGGCUACAAUGGUUUCGUGGAGAGUCAUAGAUCCUUGUAUUCCUUUAUGAGCAAAGAGAUCGAGUUGCAUCGCUUGACAUAUAAGAACUACGACGAACCAAGAGAUCUGAUGGAUUCGUAUCUCCGUGCCCAGGACGAGGGAAACGAUGAUAAGGGAAUGUUCAGUGAUGAGAGUCUCCUAGCCAUUUGCUUGGAUAUGUUCUUGGCUGGGUCCGAGACCACGAACAAGAGUCUGGGCUUUUGUUUUAUGCACUUGGUUCUGCAGCCUAAAAUCCAGGAGAGAGCUUUUCAGGAAAUCAAGGAGGUAGUGGGUCUGGAGCGCAUACCCGAGUGGUCCCGCGAUCGCUCCAAUUUGCCAUACUGCGAAGCUAUUACAUUGGAGGCGGUCAGGAUGUUCAUGCUCCACACUUUUGGCAUACCGCAUCGAGCCGUGUGCGAUACUCGAUUGUCGGGAUAUGAAAUUCCAAAGGACACUAUGGUCAUAGCCUGUUUUAGGGGAAUGCUGAUCAACCCUGUUGACUUUCCGGAUCCUGAGACAUUCAAUCCUGACAGAUACCUUUGCAAUGGCCAUCUGCAACUACCAAAAGCCUUCAACCCCUUUGGAUUCGGACGUCAUCGCUGCAUGGGAGACCUGUUGGGGCGACAGAAUCUGUUUAUGUUCACGACUACAGUGCUCCAAAACUUUAAAAUGGUGGCCAUUCCUGGUCAGGUGCCGGAGGAGGUUCCGCUCGAGGGAGCCACCGCUGCGGUGAAGCCAUAUGACAUCAUGUUGGUGGCUAGAGAGCAGGAAUAGGGAUUAUGGCGUUUAAUUUAAACUUACCCCGACACGGAUUGAGGUUUACAAUAUUAUUGAAUCAUCCUCCAUUUUCCGUUUGAAUUGAAAUAUAGGUUGCGUUUUUUUUACAACAUUUUAAGCCUAUUUUUUUGGCUUUAUGGAAUGGACUGAAAAAAAAGAUCAAUUACAGCCCCUUGCACUUUGUUCGCGUUCAAUAAAAUAUAAAUCAGUAUAUAUUACACAAUUUAUGUUUACAUUCUCUAAUUAAACAUUUAAUUAUCAAUAUCAUUAUAAUUAUUAUUGUUCAUCUGGUUGUUGAUUUGUAGUCUACGAAGUUUUCACUUAGUUCAAUUCCACUCGGUUACUGAGCGAUUCCAACAAAAGCAUUUCUUUAUGCGGUAUAUGCAAUAUACAAAAGAAUGAAUGAAUAUACAAAAAUCUAGCGUACAAAUAAAUAUUGCCACACAAAUGUUCAGUUACACAAUGGAUUAUAAUGCGAAUGGGAUUUGGCUUUCUCCUCUUCCGUUUGUUAUUUAAAGCUAUUUGUUUAUAUGCAUACGCUAUUGUUAAUGGAAAACAAUUGUUGCUCUUCGUCCUCGACAUCUACGUAUAUAAUUAU